GGAGUUCAUUGUAAAGUGCACCGGAAGUGGAUCCGGCGGCUUUCUUUCCGUCGCGGAGGGCAUCGGCCGGCGACCAUUCCGGCGACCAUUGCGACAACUUCUCCACGGCUGCUGCGUCCACGUGGCGGUGGCGUGGGGACUCCCUGAAAGGAGAGCGGCGGGGCGCCCGGAAGUCGUGAGUCGAGUCUUCCCGGGCUAAUCCAUGCCGGGUUGGAGGCUGCUGACGCAGGUCGGCGCCCAGGUGCUGGGUCGAGUCGGAGAAGGCCUGGGUGCUGCCCUGGGCCCGGGAAACAGAACACACAUCUGGCUUUUUGUUAGAGGUCUUCAUGGAAAGAGUGGUACAUGGUGGGAUGAGCAUCUUUCUGAAGAAAAUGUCCCAUUCAUUAAGCAGUUGGUCUCUGACGAAGAUAAAGCCCAAUUAGCAAGUAAACUAUGUCCUCUGAAAGAUGAACCAUGGCCUAUACAUCCUUGGGAACCAGGUUCCUUUAGAGUUGGCCUUAUUGCCUUGAAGCUGGGCAUGAUGCCUUUAUGGACCAAGGAUGGUCAAAAGCAUGUGGUCACAUUACUUCAGGUACAAGACUGUCAUGUCUUAAAAUAUACUUCAAAGGAAAAUCAUAAUGGAAAAAUGGCAGCCCUGUCUGUAGGAGGAAAAACUGUAUCACGUUUUCGUAAAGCUACAUCCAUUUUGGAAUUUUACCGAGAACUUGGAUUGCCCCCGAAACAGACAGUUAAAAUCUUUAAUAUAACAGAUAAUGCUGCAAUUAAACCAGGCACUCCUCUUUAUGCUGCUCACUUUCGUCCAGGACAGUAUGUGGAUGUUACAGCCAAAACUAUUGGUAAAGGUUUUCAAGGUGUCAUGAAAAGAUGGGGAUUUAAAGGCCAGCCUGCUACGCAUGGUCAAACGAAAACCCACAGGAGACCUGGAGCUAUUGCAACUGGUGAUAUUGGCAGAGUCUGGCCUGGAACUAAAAUGCCUGGAAAAAUGGGAAACAUAUAUAGGACCUCAUACGGACUGAAAGUGUGGAGAAUAAACACAAAGCACAACAUCAUCUAUGUAAAUGGCUCUGUACCUGGACAUAAAAAUUGCUUAGUAAAGGUCAGAGAUUCUAAACUGCCUGCAUAUAAGGAUCUCGGUAAAAAUCUACCAUUCCCUACAUAUUUUCCUGAUGGAGAUGAAGAGGAACUGCCGGAAGAUUUGUACGAUGAAAACGUGUGUCAGCCCAGUGCGCCUUCUAUUACAUUUGCCUAACAUCUUUGGAUGUGGCAGAACCUUACAUAUUCUGUAAGCUUCCAUGAGCCAGAGUGAUAGAAUAACCACCAGAAAUCAUAUUCUCCUUUCUUAGUCACAACAAAAUCACACAUGUCAUCUUUGUCAAGGGCAUAAAUAUAUCAUUCAUAUCCCCAUUAAAUUUUGUUAGAAAAAUUACCACAUUAAAUAUAUGAGUUAAGUAGAUUGGAUUUGCUGAAAUUGGUGUUUGGCAUAUUAGCAAAAUAUUCUUAAUUUGUGGACUCGAUUCUUUUUUACUACAUAUUUCCCAAGUUAUCUUAAGAUGUCUGUAAAUUUAACUUUUAUUAAAGUUUUGUCAAUCUUUGUGAAAUAGUGGUUGUGGAACAGUAGAAAACCAUAUGGGGACUAUAGUGCAACCUAUUUGAGUAGAGAAACCAUUUGCUAAAAUGGAGAAAGUAAAUAGAUUUUUAUUUAAAUUACAGAAACGUGUUAAAGGCCGGACAAAGGAAAGACAAUAAAAUCACAAAUUAUCGGUCCUGUUUA